GAGCGCGCGGUGCGCACUGCAAUGCUCCUGGCACUCGAAUCAAGUAAAGUGCACGUCUAUUUCGGGAAAAUUUUUUAAAAUUUUUGUGAAGUGCAAAAUUUUAAAGUUGAUUAUUUAGACCAGUGCAGUUACUUAUACCAAAAACAAUAAACCGCGGGGAAAAUUCUACCGUUAUUAGCUAAGCAAAGACAUCAAGAAAAUCGAGCAAUAUGAGCUCGAUUUUAUUUAUUAUGUGAGCAGAAUUUGAUCCAAAGUCAUUCGUUCAAAGAAUCUCAAACUUUUCUCCUCUGAUAUAUUUUAUAAAACAAUAAUCAGUGUGAUAAAUAAUUCAAGAUAAAAUGCAUUCAAAGUUGACUUUAUUGUUAGUAGUUAUAGCGACGACCCUGACGCUUGCCUCUGGCGCAACUGUCGAGAGGCUUAUGACUUUCUACAACGAGAGUAACCUGGACGUGUGUGUCGUCGCAGUGUCGAGCAUGACGACCCCGACCACCGCGUCUCCUACAUCGUUGCCAGCACCUGUGAUGGGUGGCGUCACAGGGCAGGAUGACAGGAAAACUUUACUCUCUGCACCCAAUUCUGAAAUGAUAAUCGGAACGGAGCCUGAUAAUAGCUCGACAGAAGAAGCGAUAUUUGGAAGCAAGGACAAUGAUGCCUCUUCAUACGAGUACCAAGUUGUGGUUCUGUACUACGCAAAGCCGAAGGGCGGUGAACCAAUACUCUUUUUUGCCGGGGAAGCUAAAAUCACGCAUGAAUUUUUGCAGCAAGGAUACCACACACUGGGCUUCCAGCGAACGAUUUUCAACAACACGUUGUGGCUCGAUGUGUGGUGGGACGGUCGACAAAUUUCGUACGAGACAAACAGGAACCGCCCCAUGAGCAGCAUUCUGUACGAGCCUGACCGUGUUGAGGUCCAGGGGCCUGCUGGCUUCAUGGUACUGGAGCGAUCUGUGUGUGAUGAGGCUCUGGAGGCAGUGGCUUUGACUUCAGAUGGUGUGCCAUACCAAGUGGCCAUAGUGGCAUCGUGCCUGAUGGCGGUGCUGAUGUCGCUGAGUGUCGUGUCCUUGCUGCUAGCGCGGCGUUACUGCAGAAGCGACUCCCUGGACAUGGCAGGGCAGCAUGCGGCUCCCAGGAGGGUGCAGGGCAACGUUGCUGGCAUCUUCUUGUCUGAUAGCGACAACUCCAUAUACGGCAACAACAGCGGAUACCAGCCUAUAGAUUCCGCCUAAAACGUCUGCACCGCGAGAUUAUGAACUAUCGACAACAUCUGUGCAACGCGACUGUUAAUUAUCAAAAAUAUAGGUGAACGCAGUUAGCAACUAUCGAAAUACAUGUCCCACAAGUUUAUGAACUAUCGAAAAUAUCGGUGCCACGCUGUGAUAGGUUGUGAAAAUUUUCGGCACAACGCGGUUAUUAGUUGUUUAAAAAGUAGGUUCCGCGUAUUUAUUUGAAAGUUGAAAAUAUCGCUGCAGAGCGGUUAACACUUGCGCUAAACAAACAGCUCCGUUGUGCUGAAUUCAACCGUCGCGAACAACUUUGUUGGACGGAAAUCAAUCAUCGAGAACAGUUGUUACUCGCGGUGAUCAAGCAUCGACAAAUUUUCCCCAAUGACCUCAUAGCUCGACAGCCCAUUGCAAGAUAAGGAUUGCCUGAUACACGAUGCAGGCAAUAAAAUGAGAAGGUCGUAGUAGCUUCCAACCUGACGUGUUUGACAGUUCAAACUUAAUAUUCCUUUGGUAAAAUUUGUCACGGAAUUUCCGAAAAAAAUUGAUAAGAGGAAGUUACAUCUAGCGCGUAUAACAGCUGGGCAGUGGUACGCGCACGCGCCCUCACAGGGAUACAUUGAGGAUUAUAUUCUAAGUUCUCCUAUGAAAUAAGAGGCAGCAGAUAGAAGGAGAGAUAUUAAAUACUAAGGCUGAUCAAAAACACCGGGUUUCAUCAUUUCCAAACAUUUUCCUUAACUCGAAGGACAUUUACUAUGAUAAAAAAAUGCGGAGACGUGAAUGUCAGAAUCAAGGUUUACGAGGGAACAUCUCAUGUCACUACUAAGCGGGAGGCUUUGAAAAGUUCUGAGAAAAGUUCUGUGUUUUGCAAUGGUUUGACUGAAUUUUUUGCAAGUAAAAAAGUGAUCGUAAAUAAAUACGUCAAUCAAAACAUGACUUUUUGCUGACAGAUCGUGGUGGAGAACACAUAAG